AUGGACAACCCAGGGAACGGGUCGUGGAACAACCCAGAGAAUGCCACCCACUGCGGCGGCAGCGUGUUCACGAAGGAGCAGAUAGACUUGCGCCUGAUUGGCAACAUGCCAAUUUCUGUAUUUGGCAUGUUUACGAAUAUUAUUAAUAUUGUUGUCUUCCUCGACGUGGAGAUGCGCGUCCAGUUGGUCAACCACUUCCUGUUAGCUCUCUCCCUCUCCGAUCUGCUGCUCUUAAUAUGCAACUUUUUCUUCCUCAUCCUCCCCGUCAUCUCCAACAUGUCCUCUAGGGUGGAUCUACACAAUGCGUAUCCUGUGGCUUUGUGGUACGCCUAUCCGAUCGGGUUGACGACGCAGACGUGUGGUGUCUAUUUGACCGUACUUGUCUCGGUUCAUCGAUAUUUGGGUGUUUGUCACCCAUUUCGAGCGAAAAGAUGGGUUUCCGGUCGCCCAGUGAAAGCAGCCAUCGGGGGAUCAAUAUUGUUUUCAAUCCUCAUCAACGUGCCCACCUGGUUCGAGCUGUUCAUCACCCCCUGCUUCGAGCCGAAAUUUAAUUCAGUGAUUAAUGAAGUCGGGCUGACGGAAUUCCAGCAGGGCUACAUCUACCGCAUCGUCGCCAAGGUGAUUGGCUACACGAUGGUGAUGUUCAUCAUCCCGUUCGCCAUCCUGAUCAUCGUCAACUGCCGGAUCAUUGUCGCGCUGCAGCAGAGCAAGAAUUUACGGCAGAUGCACUCGUCGAAGAAGUCGACGGCAUCCAGAACAAUGGUGAUGAACCAAUUCCGGAUGCUGAGAAACUCCAAGUACACCGAGCUGUUCAACACGCUCAGCAAGAUGACGGGAUUGCAAAAUUUCCGCUCCCCCUCCUUCCUGAAGACGAACAGCAACAGCGUCAGGGACCGCUCCGUGACGAUGAUGUUGCUGGCGAUCGUCGGAAUUUUUCUGUUCUGCAACUGUCUAGCCCUCUGUAAUAACUUGAUCGACAUCCUCGUCCGCGAGCAGCUGCUCACCUUUUCGAACGAACUCUUCGAGAUGUCGGUCGAAAUCGCGAAUCUAUUAAUCUCCCUCAACUCCUCGUCGUCCAUCUUUGUCUACAUGAUCUUCUCCUCAAAGUACCGCACCAUCAUCAAGCACUGGCUGGGGCUGCAGAAGCGCAAGAAGGUAAACGGCGUGGCCCUAACUACAGCACUGGCCGCCCAGAAGGCCCUCGAGUUAUCGGUGCUCCCCGAUGAGGUCGAAAAUCGGCGCCGGAAGUCGAAUGCGGAGAAGUUCAGCCAAUCGCAGGGCAGUCGUCAGCCACUCUCGAGGAGGACCAGCUCGCAUAGCGAUAUUCGGGUCGAGGAUGAGAUCUGUGCUGACGACGACUCGGACGCCAGACGGACCUCUUCAAGAAGGAAGCUCCUUCGCUUCGCCACUGUCCAA